AUGACGAGUAAACACCGGGUACCUCAGAAAGUGAUGCGUUAUUUUCUAUUGAAGCCUAGGUUGCAACGCCUUUAUCUAUCGAAGAAGACAGCAGAAGCCAUGCGAUGGCAUAAAGAGGGCCGUAUCGAUGAUUCGAACUGUAUGAGGCAUCCAGCUGAUUCCAAAGUUUGGAAAGAUUUUGACAGGAAAUAUGAUUGGUUUGCCAAAGAUUCUCGUAAUGUCCGUCUUGGACUGGCGAGUGAUGGGUUCAACCCGUUCAAUAACAUGAGCAAGCCCUAUAGUAUAUGGCCAGUAAUACUUCUACCUUAUAACUUGCCACCUUGGUCUUGCAUGAAAGACCCAUACUUUAUGUUGACCUGCUUGAUACCUGGUCCUAAAUCACCAGGAAAUGAUAUCGAUGUCUUCCUGCGUCCUUUAGUUGAUGAGUUGAAAGAAUUAUGGGAGGUUGGUAUUGAGACAUAUGAUGCAUUCAGUUCUGAUGUUUUUCGAUUACAUGCAUCUUUACUUUGGACUAUAAAUGACUUUCCUGCAUAUGCCAAUCUUUCUGGGUGGAGCACGAAGGGGAAGUUGGCUUGUCCUGUGUGCAAUGUUGAUACCGAUUCUAUGUGGUUGGCGUAUGGGCGUAAACAUUGUUAUAUGGGCCACCGUCGAUGGUUGGCCUUGGACCACCCUUGGAGAAAGAAAAAACGUGCUUUCAAUGGUGCCAACGAGGUUCGGAUUCAACCAGCAAAUCUUUCGGCCCAAGCUAUAUUUGAAUCAUUAUCCAUGGUCCCGAAUGUGCAAUUCGGGAAAAGUUCACGGAAGAGGAAACGGGCACCACAAGAAUUAAACUGGACAAAGAAAAGCAUCUUCUUCGAUCUCCCAUACUGGCAAGAAUUAGAGUUGAGGCAUAACCUAGAUGUAAUGCAUAUUGAGAAAAACAUAUGUGAUAGUGUGUUGGGCACCUUGCUGAGUAUUGACGGAAAGAGUAAGGACACUGCGAAUUCUCGCAGGGAUUUUGAACAUCUAGGACUGAGGAAGGAAUUACACUUACGUCCGGAUGGCGAUCGUUGCCGAAUGAGUCUUGCAUGUUACACCCUAAACCAAAAUGAAAGAAAAUCCUUCUGUGAGUGGGUGUCACAAGUUAAAUUCCCAGAUGGCUUCGCCUCUAACAUUGCCCGGUGUGUGAAUAUUCGUGAGGAAAAAAUUUCAGGAAUGAAAAGUCAUGACUGCCACAUUUUCCUCCAACGGUUGCUUCCGGUCGUGAUUGGUGGUUAUCUGCGGCCGGACAUUCGGCUAGCUUUGAUCGAGCUAUGUACAUUUUUCAAAGAAUUGUGUGCUCGAACAUUGACUUAUGAAUCAUUACAUCGGCUUCAGGCAGAAAUUUCUAUCAUACUAUGUAAACUUGAGAUGAUCUUCCCACCUGCAUUUUUUGAUAUAAUGGUGCACCUCGCAAUUCAUUUAUCGGACGAGGCAUUGCUUGCUGGACCAGUGCAAUAUAGGUGGAUGUAUCCUUUUGAGAGGUACCUAGGGAAGUUCAAACGUUACGUCCAGAACAAAGCCCGCCCAGAGGGCUCAAUUGCCGAAGCAUAUGUUCAUAUAUCAACGGGUUGA